GGGGGUGAUGAGAUGAGAGAGAGGGAAGAGGGGGAAUGAGAGAGAAACAAAGAAAAAUCUAACAUCUGGAAAAGAGAGAGAAACCAGAGAGAGAAAAAAACAAAAACAAAAAAACAAAGUGUCUGUGUCUGUCUCACGAGGAAGAUGGUCGAAGAGAGGGUCCUCUGAGAUCAUCCUGAAAAAGGCAGCAAUAGAAGAAAAGCCAUCAAAAUAAGAGAAAAAAAAUAAAAAUAAAUUUAAGGAUUUGAAUAUUUAUUUGUUUUGAACUUUUGCUGCCUUUUUGCCUGAGUCUCAAAUUACCCCCCCGCCUAUCACCCUCCCAGCCAGCGUUGCAUUUCCUAAUUCCCAUGCAAAAGCAGAAAUAACUGCAAGAACCAGAGUUGUUUUCUUGCACCCUUUUGUCCCUUCUGCAUGCUCCAGCAAUUUCUGACGACAAUUCCGAAAAAGAUAUUUUGAGCCGGGUUAUGUCUUUGUUGAGCAGAAGCUUGUAACAAGGAGAUAACGUUAUAAAAAAUGAGGGAUCCUGAUCAGCCCCAAAACCUUCAAUCUUCAUGCUUUCCGUAGAAAUUUAAGUUUUGACUAGUUAGUGAGUUUAUUCUGCUUCGUUCGAAUAGAUUGAAGGUUUUCUGUACAGCACAAACCAGGCAAUUUUUUUAUUUUGUAUCAUAUAAUAGCGUCCUGGAUAUCAAGGAAUAGAAGUACUGCCUCAGUCACAUAGCCAUUGGGUUCACAAAGAAAUGGGAUUGAGAUGGGACGCAUUUGGAUUCUGGCUUAGAAGUUUUAUUUGCUUGAUCUUUGUUUGGGAAAUCCAAGUGUGCUGGUCCCUUAAUGAUGAAGGAUUGGCUUUGUUGGAGUUCCGGGCAAGAAUAACUUCCGAUCCCUAUCAUGCUUUGGAAAAUUGGACUCCAAAUGAUUGUGACCCUUGCAAAUGGUUGGGUGUUCAUUGUGUAGAUGGGAAAGUGCAAAUGCUUGAGCUAAACGGGCUAUCUCUGGAAGGGACAAUUGCUCCUGAUCUUGGGAAACUUAAUCACCUAAAAUCUGUUGUGUUAUGCAAGAAUAACUUUUCUGGUGCCAUUCCCAAAGAACUUGGAGAUCUCACCAAGCUAGAAUUAUUGGACUUAAGAGAGAAUAAAUUGUCAGGAAAUAUCCCAGAAGAAAUUGGCAAGAUGAUACAGCUAAAACACUUUGUGUGGCAAGGCAAAUUCAAGCAAAGGAUCAAAUCAGAUUCAUUGACAAUUUCAAUCAAAGAAGCACUUAUGAAAUACCUCAAUGCCUUUGAGCUGCCACUAUUCAAGCUAGAAAAGCCUGCCCUUAGUGGGCAUGAAGAGAAUCACUACGACCUUCUGCCCAGUUCCAAUGAGCCAAAGAUUGCCAAGAAUGCGCAAAAUCUUGUCAAUUCUUCACGUCGUAGGUUACUUGAACAGUCCAGUAACCUUGCAGCUGCACCUUUUACUGGUGGACCAACUAUAGAGUUCAGCACUGUUCCAACUACCCUGAGUAGUGGAGCCUUACCAGCUGUGCCAGAUGCCAAUAAGAAACAGAAUCAGCCACCUGCACCCGAUCAUUCACCUCCUGAAUCUCCUCAUGAUGCUUCUGAUGCAAAACAAACAAGUCAACACCCUUCAUCUAAUGGUGCUUCUGGAAGGUUGUGGAAGUAUAUAAUUAUUAUUGUUGUUGUAGUUGUGGUGGUCAUUGUUAUCAUAAUUCUUCUUUGCAUUUGGCGAAAACGAGCUGCAAAAGUAAUUACCCCUUGGAAGACAGGAAUAAGUGGACAGUUGCAGAAAGCAUUUAUAACAGGUGUCCCCAAGUUGAAUCGAGCCGAACUAGAGACAGCCUGUGAGGAUUUCAGCAAUAUCAUUAUUACUUUUGAAGGAUGCAUCAUCUACAAAGGAACACUGUCCAGUGGAGUCGAGAUUGCUGUUGUUUCUACCGUCAUUACUUCUUCCCAAGAUUGGUCAAAGAGCAUGGAAAUGAAAUAUCGGAGAAAGAUUGAUACUUUGUCCCGCAUAAACCAUAAAAACUUUAUUAAUCUUAUUGGUUACUGUGAGGAAGAAGAACCAUUCACAAGGAUGUUGGUAUUUGAGUAUGCUCCAAAUGGAAACCUAUUUGAGCAUCUGCAUGUAGAGGAAAUGGAACGUCUUGAUUGGAGUGAAAGGAUAAGAAUUAUCAUGGGCACUGCUUACUGUCUUCAAUACAUGCACCAUGAUCUGAAUCCACCAAUAGCUCAUGGGGACCUUAAUUCGAAUAUGAUCUUUCUAACAGAUGACUUUGCAGCUAAGCUUGCAGAGGUUACUUUUAGAAGUAUUGUAACACCAGCUAAGACAAGUGGAGGUGAUUCAAAGAAAAUUGAGUUAUCAACUCAGGAAAAUAUUGAAAGCAAUGUCUAUAAAUUUGGAAUAUUGUUGCUUGAAGUCAUCUCAGGGAAAUUGCCUUCCUCUGAAGAAGGCAACCUAGUGAACUGGGCUGCUGAGUACUUAAGUGACAAGAAAAGUAUCAGCUGUAUGAUCGAUCCCACCUUGGAGUCUUUCAAGGACAAUGAACUUGAUGUGAUCUGUGAGGUGAUCAAAGACUGUAUUCAACCUGAUCCAAAGUUAAGACCAACAAUGAGGGACAUAACUACAAAAUUGAGGGAAGUGAUUGGUGUGUCACCAGAUCAAGCUGUCCCAAGACUUUCUCCACUAUGGUGGGCUGAACUGGAAAUAUUGUCAGUGGAGGCAACUUAAGUUUUAUAUGACUCUCUUCUGUGUGUUAAAGUCUCUCUCACUAACCUCUAUCAGGCUCCCACAGUGGAAGUUGUGAAAUUUGCUACUCAAAAAUUCUUUUCUUCCUUCAUCUUCCUUGUUCUUUUGUAAGUCUUCAUCAUUGAUACCUUAGCUAUUCACGUCCCAAUGAAAGUGUGUUAUUUGUUGUUUUGCAAGAGGGGUGUUGUAGAUUGUAUUUUUGUUCAAGUUGGGGAUGUCAAAAUUCUAACUUGAUGUUGGGAUGUCGGUCCCAAUGAACAUGCAACAUUAUAUAGGUCUUAUUGAAUUGUUAAAGGCUAAUGUUUCUUGGAGAAAAUAAAAAGCUCAGUUCACAGUU